AUGGCUGCCCCCUACAGGCAUAUCUGCAAUGUCACCCAACUCCAGCCCCACUGUCCAGUCAUUCUCUAUGGAAGAGGUGGUACUCUCUGCUACACUAGUGGCUGUACUGAGCACGGCAGCAGAAAUCUCCUGCUUAUAUGGUCACAGGUCAUGCUAUUACCCUUGCUUCUGGUACUCCUGCUGAGUAACCUGUGUAUCGUCCACACGUGUCGGACAGGACAUCUACAGGAAUGCCAGCAUGCACCAUUUGUUCCUGGCCACAACCUUGCUGGAGAGGGCUUUGAUGUGGUUACCAUGCAGCAUAAGGGGGCAUACGUGCUGGAUGUCCAGACAUAUCUGACCUCAGAUGACACCUGCACACUUUGUGAAAACCCACUAAUGGGUAACCAGUUGCAGAAGCUCCCCCUGUCUGUGUUAGACUGGCGCUCUUUUAGCAACUGCAAGCAGGAGCUUUCUGCUGCCAUGCUCGGCACAGCCAGUAGCGUAGCAGAAAGCACCACCUCUUCCAUAGAGAACGACUGGAAAGUGGGGCUAGAGUUGGGUAACCUGGUGGAUAUCACUGUUGUUGGCGGCAGCCAAUCCACUGCAGCUGAGUAUGCCAGCACCCAGUCUAAAGUAGACAAGUCAGCCUUUGCUUCUCACCAACUCAGCUGUGCUCAUUACAGUUACCGUGUUCCAAACAAGCCCCGUCUCAGUGUGGAAUUCUUCAAGCAUCUGCAAACUCUUCCAACCGAGUACAAUGCCAAAACUCAACACCUUUACGAUCGCUUCCUUCAGACGUACGGCACCCAUUACAUUCAGCAGGUGCGUCUCGGAGGACGCCUGACCCGUCUCACCUCCAUCCGCUCUUGUCUGGCCACUUUAAACGGCCACACCGCUGACCAGGCCAAGGACUGCAUCAAAACUGGACUUUCCAUUGGCUUAGGGUUGCUUGACCCGUUAGUAUCCACCAGUAAGUGCAAAUCGCUUUUACAGAAUGAGGACAGCCAAACCCAGUCUGGAAUGUCUUACCUGAGCCAUAUUACUGAGGUGAUAGGGGGUAAUAAGUGGUUAGGAGAGGUCUCCCUCAGUAAAAACGAUUCUGCAGAGUUCAAAAGCUGGAUGGAGAGCUUGAAGAAAACCCCCGAUAUCGUCUCCUACUCUCUGUUCCCUCUUCAUGAGCUAGUCGGUAACGAGACCAUCAGUGGAAAUGUGAAGGAGGCAGUAAAGCAGUACCUGAAGGACAAUGCCCUGCCUAAAGAGGACCCUUCUCCACAGUGCGCCGGAAAGCCCAACCUCUCCCUUGAGUGCUGCCCUCUGGCCCCAAAGAAGGGACAUCUUAAGGUAACCGUCAACAACGCAUGGCUGGGGUCUGGUCUGGAUCCAAUUGGGAAACCUGACCCCUACGUCAAGACAUGGUACUGGAACAAGUUCUAUCAGACACACUACAUCAAAAACGACAAAAACCCUAAAUGGAAUAUCCAGUACAACCUUGGCCACGUCGAAGCGCACCACGAGCUCAAGUUUGAGGUGUGGGACAAAGAUCUGAAGUAUGACGACCUCAUUGGAACCUGCCGCACAUAUCUGACCGAAGGCUCCCACACUAACAGUUGCAGCGUUAAAACAGGAGGCUAUUCCUACUCCUACAGUCUCACCUGUGACCCGUAUCUAACAGGUGACCGCUGCUCUCAGUAUAAAGCAAACCAGCGAGAUGCAAGUGAGGGUAAUUAAAAUGACCUGGUUGAGUCAACUCUGGUUGAAAUCAUCAUUCAUGCAGUGUUGCAACUCAUGAAUGAAUACAUCCUCCAAAUAAUAAUAAAAA